UAUUGAUGCUGGGUGGAUACUGUCAUUUUGGCAGCCUCCCUUCAAACUGAUAGGUUUAACUUUCACUGUUUCAUGUUUUAUAUGUGAUACUAUUUCUGCAGUGAAUAUUUUGUACAAAUAAAAGGACGGCAAGACAUUAACAAUUUAUCAGUACUAGGGAUUUGACGGUAGGCAGUGGCUGAAAUGAGAGAACAAAACUUAUUCAUCUUCUCAUUAAAAGAAGAGAGGGAAGUGUGCGAGGAGGAUUUUGUGCUGAAGAAUAAUUAUUUUUUAAGCUAAUUGAGAUUAGGUGGGAUCAGGUUUUUGUGUAGGCGAAACCUAACAGAGGUUUUCAUUAACUUAGAGCCACAUUUGUCUUUCUUUCUCCUUGGUUGAAAAUAGAACAAGAAGCAGAAGAGACAAAGCAGCUUCAAGCUCAGACUUUUGAGUGUGUUUCGUCCGUAAGGUACAAGCAACAAGUGGCCCUCAGGGUGAAGCAAAUAAGGGAAGGCCUUACUCAAUACAUGAGUGUCAUGAAUUCUCUUCUGUCAAUAUCUUUUGUGGUCCGAUUCAUUAAAGAUAACAAGUAAACUGAUCAAGAAGCACAGUCGGUCAGCUCUUCUCAAGCAAUGGAGAGACUUGAUCAUCCUCAUCGUCUACUUCUCGAUAAACAGUCAAGCCCAUCAGCAAAUAAUGGAACUACCAGGACUCGGAAUUCUUACCCAAGUGAAGCCAACUUUGACACCAACAUGGUGAUCAUACUGGCGGCUUUGUUAUGCGCCUUAAUUUGUGCUCUAGGACUGAACUCGAUUGUUCGUUGUGCUCUUCGAUGUAGCAGAAGGUUUGCUUUCGAGACACCGGACGAAACUGCAGCACGUUUAGCAGCCACAGGGCUUAAAAAGAGUGCAUUGCGCCAGAUUCCAGUAGCUGUUUAUGGCACUGCAGGAAUAAAGAUUAAGGCUACAGAUUGUACAAUUUGUCUUGGAGACUUUAUGGACGGUGAAAAAAUCAGAGUUUUGCCUAAAUGUGACCAUGGUUUUCAUGUAAGGUGUAUUGAUAGAUGGUUGUUGGCUCACUCUUCUUGCCCAACUUGUAGACAGUCAUUGCUGGAGCAAACAACAACAGCAACAAGUUCUGAUGCAGCUGAUGUGGAUUCUGAAACCAGGCAUCAUCCUGGAAAUGCACCAGGGCAACAAGGUGAUGUUUCUAUAACUGUUGAUGAGGUGGGUUAGGCCUAGAUGAUUUGAAAAAUAUUCGUCUAAAUAGCUGAAUAAAUUAGAAAAGGAAGAAGGGUUCUUUUCCAUGCGGGGUGUUGAUUAUUUGACAAGGUAGGAUGCAAUUUCAGGGUGAGAAAUUUUAUGUAAUGAAAAGUUCCUGAGGUUAUUCUGUGAAUAUA